AUGGUAAUCGCCAUGGAGGGGGAAAGGACGGAAGGCGACGAGUUGAUUGCCGAUUAUGUGGAUUGCCUCAUGUCUCUGGACACCAAUGCCCGUCCUGUCCACAGCGACAGUCUCAUCCUCGGUACUGCAGUCGGGGAAGGAGGGUCAGUCGGGGCCGGAACGGAUCCAGAUGGCACGAGAGAUUUCCCCUCAGCCGAGGACCCCAGUGAGCCCGUGCUCGGCAUGACGUUCGAGUCCGAUGAGGCUGCCAAGGCGUUCUACAACGAGUACUCCAGGCGGCUCGGCUUCCCCUUCCGUGUCGGCAGGUCUCGGCGGUCCAAGGGCACGGAGGAGGUUGUCGUCAUGAAGAGGUUCGUCUGCUCCAGGGAAGGGAUGUACAAGAAGAAACAGACCUCGCCGGAUGACGCGACGAGGAAGCGUGAGCGGAUGUCUAUGCGGGAAGGUUGCAACGCUAUGAUGGAGGUGGUUCGGGAGGCGGACCACUGGGUUGUCUCCAAGCUUGAGAAGGCUCACAACCAUGACCUGGGAACUUGUAGUGCCAAGGUUGGGUACCUUCGUGCGAGAGGUUUGCUUGGUGGCGGCUCUGAUAAGGCCACGAUGGUGGGGCCUGACGAGAUGGCGUUUCUCAGGCAGAAUGUCCUUGGGGAAGGAGGGGACGCUCAGGGCCUGCUUGAUUAUCUCAAGAAGAUGCAAGCCAAUGACCCUGCAUUCUGCCAUGCUAUACAGGUUGACAAGAAUGGCUGUGUGGUGAAUGUUUUCUGGGCUGAUGCUAGGGCCAAAGCAGCUUACCGGCAUUUCGGGGAUGCUAUAACGUUCGACACGACGUACAAGAAGAACAAGUAUAUGAUGCCCUUUGUUACUUUCUCAGGAGUCAACCAUCAUCUGCAGCCUGUUAUUUUUGGAUGUGCGUUGCUUAUGGAAGAGACGGAGUUCUCAUUUAUAUGGCUAUUUGAAACAUGGUUAGCGGCAAUGGGAGGUAAGGCGCCAUGCUCGUUGGUCACUGACCAAAACAGGGCUAUGAAGGCUGCAAUUGGGAAGGUUUUUCCGAAUUCCUGUCACCGUUUCUGUAAGUGGAAUAUUUUGAGUAGAACCAAGCAAAAGCUGACCCAUACAUACUCAGAGCAUCCAACCCUAAGAGACGAGCUUGAGAGCUGUGUUCUUGAGUCUGAAACCAUCUCGUCCUUCGAAACAACUUGGAUGUCAAUCAUUGAUAGAUAUGACUUGAGAAAGAAUUCAUGGCUUCAAGCAAUAUACAAUAUCCGCCAAAAGUGGGUUCCUUUGUACCUGAUGGAUACAUUCUUUGCAGAAACAUCUCCCACAUGGAAAUUGGAAACCAUGAAUGAUUUCUAUAAGAAAUAUUUCAAUUCAAAAACAACGCUUGAAGUUUUUCUUAAUCAGUUUGAUUCGAGCUUGGCAGGCCGAUUUGAGGAUGAAGCAAAAGCAGAUAUGGAUGCCAUCUUAAAUAAGGCAACUACAAAAACUGCAUCACUAAUAGAAAAACAGGCAGCAAGCACCUAUACCAAAGCAGUCUUCAGUAAGUUUCAGGAGGAAUUUACAGAGUCUCUGGGGUUUAUCAUUCAGAAGACUGAAGAUGGCUGCAUAAGUAAAUACAGCAUCACAAAAGAUGAAGAUCCAUCGGACACAUUCUAUGUGACUUACAAUGCUUCCAAUAAGAUGGCAAACUGUAGUUGCAAGUAUUUUGAAUUCUCAGGUAUAUUGUGCCGUCAUAUUCUUGGAGUAUACAUAAUAGUUGAUCCGCGGACACUUCCACCUGAAUAUUUUAUGAAACGUUGGACAAGGUGGGCAAGAGAUGAUGAUGCUUUGUUAGAAGAUAAUAACAACAAUACUCACGAUGAGGAUGCUUCUCAGUCCACCACAAGCCGCUACAAUGCCCUAUGUGCUGAUGCCAUCAGAUGUGCUGAGAAAGGAGCUGGAUCGGAGGCAGUAUAUAAAGCAGCAAAAGAUAUCUUACAGAAGGCAUAUGAAGAGAUUAUUGCUUAUGAAAGAAAUCCUGGCCGGGGAUCUCAAAGGGAUGCUAUAAACAUCAACGAGGAUGUCACGAUAGAUGAUGCGAUGAAUGAUCAAUCUAUGCCAGAUUCUGGACGAAAGGUACGCCUAAUGUUAAACUGUAAAUUCUUCAGGAGAAUCAUAUUCUUAGCAUCAUUCUGUGCUAUGAGUGCAAGGACAGUAGAUGGUACUUAUGAGUUAUGA